AUGCACCUCACAGAGAGUUGCUCCCACUGCGCCAGCAAUGAACACCAAAUCAGUGACUGUCCCGUGAAAAAUAAUCCGAAAACUGCAAAGUGCCAUAACUGCCACUCACAUAACACAAAAUUCAACUCCGAAGCAGAUAUCAAACACCCAGCCAAUUCGGACUCCUGUCCAAGACUUCGUGCCAUGAGGGACAGAAUCGCCAACAGAGUAGACUACGGCUCCGCUUAA